AUGCUGUUGCGAUGGGGGACCGAGUCAAAUGAAAGUACGAGUAAUGAGAUUGUCGAGCAAUUCCAAUUCUUUCCUGUCCUCCAUCGAAUCUUAUCUUCUCGUCCAAAUGUAACUCCGAUAGCCAUCACCACUGGUGUUGGCCCACAGGGCAGGAAGACUAUGCACUACCAGCCUCCAAGUGAUGAUGAAGGACCAGAAUUUGUGCCAGAGCAAUUGUCACAGAUCCAGAGCCUCCAUACAGCCCUUCAAAACGAGGCAGCGCACCGUGGAAUCUCCCCAUCUUUUGAGUCUUCAUUCGAUGCUAUUGUAGAUCCUUCUGACUAUUCUCAACCUCUUUGUGAUGUUGACGACAAGGAGAAUGAUCCUCCUGCAUCCUCACAGUCAACCCCUACCUCGAUGACUAAUCUCAACAAAGCCAGGCAACACAUCUCCAAGGUUCCGAAGAAGCGCACCCUUGACGAGACACUUAUUGAUAUGCAGAAGGCAAGUCUAGAUGCUAUCAAUGCUCGUGCUACAGCAGAUAGGCAGCCUCAAGAGCACCAGAUGCUGCUCAAAGAGUUCGAGGCUGGCAUUUGGAAUGUUGAAGAGUAUCGUGAAAAAAUCCGUGAACUGCUGCGCGAGCCUUCUGACAAGGCUGAGCCUGUGAAGCGUGCUUGUUACUCUCCAGAUUGGCCAGAUUGGGAUGAUGAGUCGUAG